CGCGGAGCGGGAGGGCUCUUCUCACACCAGCGCUUCCUCGCGGAGAGGUUGGAGCUGCGGCAGCCGCAGGCCUGGGCCGCCCCUUCUCUGCCGCCGCCUCCUCUUCCUCAGGGCUCCCCAGUCCGCUCGCCCUCCGACGCUGCCCAGGAAUUUCACAAGAAACUGAAGUUUUGAUCAAAAAAUAUUUUGAGUUUGAAACCAGACAUGUACUAGAGUUUAGAUUCUUUCAUUUAAUUAAGGUAUGGUCUGAAUAUGCGUUGCUUGGCAGCUCGGGUCAACUAUAAAACCUUGAUUAUCAUCUGCGCACUCUUCACUUUGGUCACAGUACUUUUGUGGAAUAAGUGUUCCAGCGACAAAGCGAUCCAGUUUCCACGGCACCUGAGUGGUGGCUUCAGAGUGGAUGGAUUAGAAAAAAGAGCAGCAGCAUCUGAGAGUAACAACUAUGUGAACCAUCUGGCCAAACAGUCCGAGGAGGCAUUUCUUCAGGAACAGCAGAAAGCACCCCCUGUCGCUGGGGGCUUCAAUAGCAAUGGGGGAAGCAAGGUGUUAGGACUCAAAUAUGAAGAAAUUGACUGUCUCAUAAAUGAUGACCACACAAUUAAAGGGAGACGAGAGGGGAAUGAAAUCUUUCUUCCAUUCAGUUGGAUAGAGAAAUAUUUUGAUGUUUAUGGAAAGGUAGUUCAGUAUGAUGGCUAUGAUCGGUUUGAAUUCUCUCAUAGCUAUUCCAAAGUCUAUGCACAAAGAGCUCCUUAUCACCCUGAUGGUGUAUUUAUGUCCUUUGAAGGCUACAACGUGGAAGUCCGAGACAGAGUCAAGUGCAUAAGUGGGGUAGAAGGUGUACCUUUAUCUACACAAUGGGGACCUCAAGGCUAUUUCUACCCGAUCCAGAUUGCACAGUAUGGGUUAAGUCAUUAUAGCAAGAAUCUAACUGAGAAACCUCCUCAUAUAGAAGUAUAUGAAACAGCAGAAGAUAGAGACAAAGCCAGCAAGCCCAAUGACUGGACCGUGCCAAAGGGCUGCUUUAUGGCUAGUGUGGCUGAUAAGUCUAGAUUCACCAAUGUUAAACAGUUCAUUGCUCCAGAAACCAGUGAAGGUGUAUCUUUGCAGCUGGGGAACACAAAAGAUUUUAUUAUUUCAUUUGACCUCAAGUUCUUGACAAAUGGAAGUGUGUCCGUGGUUCUAGAGACUACAGAAAAGAACCAGCUCUUCACUGUGCAUUAUGUGUCCAAUACCCAGCUAAUUGCUUUUAAAGAAAGAGACAUAUACUACGGCAUUGGGCCCAGGACUGCAUGGAGCACGGUUACCAGGGACCUGGUCACUGACCUCAGGAAAGGAGUGGGUCUUUCCAACACAAAAGCUGUCAAGCCAACCAAAAUAAUGCCCAAGAAGGUGGUUAGGUUAAUUGCAAAAGGGAAAGGAUUCCUUGAUAACAUUACUAUCUCUACCACAGCCCACAUGGCUGCAUUCUUCGCUGCCAGUGACUGGCUGGUAAGGAACCAAGAUGAGAAAGGUGGCUGGCCAAUCAUGGUAACCCGGAAGUUAGGGGAAGGGUUCAAGUCUUUAGAGCCAGGGUGGUACUCUGCCAUGGCCCAAGGGCAAGCCAUUUCUACAUUGGUCAGGGCCUAUCUGUUAACAAAAGACCACAUAUUCCUCAACUCAGCUUUAAGGGCAACAGCCCCUUACAAGUUUCUGUCAGAGCAGCAUGGAGUUAAAGCUGUGUUUAUGAAUAAACAUGACUGGUAUGAAGAGUAUCCAACCACACCUAGCUCUUUUGUUUUAAAUGGCUUUAUGUAUUCUUUAAUUGGGCUGUAUGACUUAAAAGAAACUGCAGGAGAAAAACUCGGGAAAGAAGCGAGGUCCCUGUACGAGCAUGGCAUGGAAUCCCUGAAAGCCAUGCUCCCCUUGUACGACACUGGCUCAGGAACCAUCUAUGACCUCCGGCACUUCAUGCUUGGCAUCGCCCCCAACCUGGCCCGCUGGGACUAUCACACCACCCACAUCAAUCAACUGCAGCUCCUCAGCACCAUUGAUGAGUCCCCAAUCUUCAAAGAAUUCGUCAAGAGGUGGAAAAGCUACCUUAAAGGCAGCAGGGCAAAGCACAACUAGAGCUCACAACCAAAAGCCUAUUUCAGUCUCUGCUGUACACAGAAACUCCGGGCCCUGCCAGCAGCGCAGAGGCACGCGUGGAAAGGUCGGAGACUAGGUUUCCGUGGAUAACAUCAAAGUGAUGCAUGAUCCUUAAAACCAGUCUCCUGAGAUGACGGCAUUCCAUGGGAGAGUGUGUAGAAUUAUAGGUAGGUGGCAUUCAGAGCAGGAAAGUGUUUAGUCGGGGCUGAACAGAGAUGUUUAACCUUGCCUUGCUUAUCACCCUGUACAGUUCCACAAGUAGCCCAGCCCCUCUUGGUUUGGGAAAAUGAAUGGUAAAUAGCUGUUACUCGCCACCUGGCUAUCACUUACCUGAAAACUUAGUAUGGGGUGCUUUUAAAAUGUGAUUAUUUAUGUUUAUGUUGAAAGCAGAUUUAAAAAAAAAAUAAUGUGCUGUAAUACAGUGAAUAUUUACCUGUAGCCUGAAUAGUGGACUGUGUGCAACUUUUUAAAAUGAUGUGUGUGUUUUUUUCUAUAGAUUAACUUCUUGGGGGCAAUUGAGCAUUUGUUGCUUUUGUUCAAUUUGUUAUAUAUGGAGAAUAUUUUGAAUUUCUGGUUUUCUUGAUGUGUAAAUUAAAACACAGUCGGUGUUCAGGCUUCACAGUUAUGUAAUGUAAGCACAACUAAAAUGAAACGUGUUGACUGCACAAGAAAUUACAAAAAUAUUAUGUUUUAUGAAACUUGAUCUACAAUCAGUAAAGGUUUGAUAAUCAAGUCUAUUCCUCCCCUAUUUCCAUUGUGAUUGGUUUCUUUUGUUGUUAUCUAGAAUUUUCUAUUUCAAUUCAGACUACAUGCAAGAGUUUUUUCUAUUUGGGGGGACAUUUGGAGGUCAUUAUUUGGGAAAUUUUAUUAUAAAUAAACCUAAAUUUGGAAAGGAGCUAGUAAUUCUUUUUUUUUUUUAAUAUAUUUUUAUUGAUUUUUUACAGAGAGGAAGAGAGGGGGAUAGAGAGUUAGAAACAUCGAUGAGAGAGAAACAUCGAUCAGCUGCCUCUUGCACACCCCCUACUGGGGAUGUGCCCGCAACCAAGGUACAUGCCCUUGACCGAAUCGAACCUGGGACCCUUGAGUCCCCAGUCCGACGCUCUAUCCACUGAGCCAAACCGGUUUUGGCAGGAGCUAGUAAUUCUGAUAAGUCCACCACCAUUACACCUUUAGGAUUUUUUUCCCCCUUAAGGAAAAAUACUAGAUCAGAUAUUACAUACAAGAAUCACAGAAGGUUUUUUUUCCUACUUAGAUCAUUCUUGGUCAUCAACUUUUGAAACCAUUGACUCUGCGCAUCAUUGUUUUUCCUUUGCAAUUUUAGUUUUAAAUUAUUUUAGCUGUUGGGUAGAAGUGAUGUUACUGCAUUUAUUGUACAUGUAAUCAGACUUUAUUUGGCUUUUAUAUCUCACUAUAUGCCUAUAGGUUUCUUAGCCCGCAUACCCUGGGCAGUGUCUGCUAUAGGGCUUCAAGCAUUAGGUCAGAACCAAAGGAGGUUGAUUUUUCUAUCUUUUGUUUUAAAGUCUGACAGUACACUAAAUCAGUACUGUAUUUAGACAGAUGGGGAAUAUGAGACCCCACACGUUCAGGGGUCACCACAAACAGUGCAGUUUAUCUGUGACCUAUAUUAAGUGCACAUCACAACUCUAUUUUACCCACAACAAAACUGUUGUGGGUUAUUAGGUUUCCCCAUAGCUUUUGACCUUUGUAGUUCUUCUAUAUUAGAUGUCUCAACAAGAACAUCUGGAUGCCUUCAUUUUUAAUUUCAGUGCUCAAAAAUAAACAUUCUCCAAUCUGGGAACCCUUUUUACUUCAUUGUAUUUGUUAUUCUAUUAGAACAGCCCAGACUGCCUUGUGUUUGCCUACUGGUACUUCAGACUAAGGGGAACAACAAAACAGUACGGUACUGCUUCUGUGACAAAUAUCAGUGCCUUAACAACGUGUCUGUCCUUUUCCACAGAAAAAGGAAAGGCAUUUUGAUCUAGAAAUGGCAUUGCUAUUUCAUUGCUGUUGGUUUCACACUGCCUUCCACAUUGCAACAGCAACUUGAUUUUUCUUGUGAUCCCAGAAUUUUCUAAGAGAGUGAGUUGAACCGAUAGCAGCAACAUCAGUACAAACUAUUGGUUCUCAAACUUCACGAUGUCUCAGAACCACCUGGGAACCCACUGAAAUACAGAUUCCAGAUACUCAGUAAAUCUGCCUGUGGACCAUGGUAACCUGCAUUUUUAACAAGCAUUCAGGUGAUUCUGAUGCAGGUGAUCUGGGGGAAUACAUGGAGGAACACUGCCCAAGACUAUCCAUUGCACUUUUGUUCCUAAACACCUAUGGAGUUUGCUAGGGUUUUUAAUCAUGUAAAAUGUUUACUUUGCUUACUCUGUGCUUAGAGAGAAUGGGGAAGGUGUUUUAAAGUUUUAUUUUGUUUCUUUAAAUUUGUCUUUGUUUCAAGACUAUGGGUAUUAGUUUACACUUAUCUUGAGUUGGCUUUGAUGUUAAGUUAAAUCUAUUGCCACUUCAGUUUUGAAACCAGCCAAAAGUUUCAGAUAAAGGUCAGGUUUGACCCUUUAGCAGUUACUGUACAUACAGGCUUCAUCCAAAAACCAUCCAGUGUAUGUGAGCAAAUACAAAAAAUGACACACAAGCACAACUCUCGAGAUGUGGCAGUCCUUCUUCUUUGUCGGUGUACAAACUUCCACUGAAAGCUGCUAUUCGCAUCCUCCUUGUAAUUGUUUUUCUUGUUUUUCCUCCAUUGUACAUGUGGGUUAUAUACCAUGUGUUAAAUAUGCAAUAAAGUGUUUACUGGAUGCCCUUCUGAAGGGUAGUCCUUUGUAAAGCUGUACAGACUUUGCAGUUUAAGCACAAUGUGCACAUGUUAGUUUUAUAUACAGCAAAACUUGAUUUUUUGCAGAUGGAAAGGUAUUUUGUUUCUAUACAAAGUAAAUGGAUUGUGCUGAAUGUAAAGCUGCUUUAUAAAAUUGUAAAAUAAAGUUUUUAUCCUAAAAGGAAUGUACCUGGA